GUUUAUCAACAUUCUCAGACAUCAGCAAUUCACUCGUAUCGACUGAUCCACGCUGCCCUGCAUCUGAUCGCGGUGUCCCUGACUCGCCUGGUUGAUCUUUCCGUUUUGGGCCGCGCCUGCUUCGCCAAGCCUCUGAGCGCCGACACGCCGACUUCGUUGCUGCGAUGGCGGGAAAAUUUACGAGGUCUCAAAGGUCAACACUGCGAUUCGACCACUAUAACGACGUUAUUUUACUCGGUCCUCCCACCAUGCGCGGCGCCAUCGUCUUUGGCGGGUCGUCGCACCCCAAGCUGGUCGACGGCGUGUGCGAUCGCUUGGGCAUGAAGCCUGGCUCUGCGACGCUGGGCAAGUUCAAGAAUGGAGAGACGUCUGUCACGAUCCACACUUCGAUUCGAAACAAAGAUGUGUUUAUCAUCCAGAGCGGCAGCGAGAAAAUCAACGAUUCAGUCAUGGAACUGCUGAUCAUGAUUUCUGCCUGUAAAGGUGGCUCUGCAAAGUCGGUCACAGCGGUUAUGCCAUACUUCCCUUACUCGCGCCAGUCGAAGAAGAAGCAGCACCGCGGGGCUAUCACGGCUCGCAUGGUUGCAAACCUCCUCCACAUCGCCGGCGUCAACCACGUAAUCACGGUCGACCUGCACGCCUCGCAGAUGCAGGGCUUCUUCAAGUGCCCAGUCGACAACCUCGUAGCCGAACCCCUCCUCGCUCGCUGGGUGCGCAUGAAUGUGCCAAACUGGCGAGAAGCAGUCGUAGUCAGCAAGAACCCUGGUGGAACAAAGCGAGUAACAUCGCUAGCAGACGCCAUGAAGCUCAGCUUUGGCAUUGUUACAACGGAUAGGCGACGAGCAGGUGGAGGCAGACCGUGGAAUGAGAGUGCUAUGUUCGACCAGCUGAGGCUUGACGGCCCCUCGGAGUCGCGUGAAAUGGUGGAAGCUGCUCUGGAUGCAGACGCGGAGCUUACACCAAUCAGCAAGAUCUCUUUCGACCCCAAGUCGGACGUUGGCAAGCCGAAAGCUAGAGCAGCACGCACACCAUCGAACCCUCUGUCACGACGAGCGAACGGAGUUGCUGGCGAACAUCCUCUCUCGAAGUCCAUGCGGGCAAGUUCGAUCGUCGAGCCGGAAGUGCCUCUGGAGCCUGUCCGGACCGAAGCUUCGAACCAGUCAGAAGAUGCAGAUGGCGAGCAGAGUCUGGACGAAAGUGGCGCAGAGGAGGAGGAGGAGUACACUGACGAGCGUGCGCGAAACGUCAUUCACGGACGCCUAGUACAAGGUCACAUCGUCGACGACACACAUCCCUCGCCGUCCAUGUCCGCAACAUCACAUACCACCUCCUGGCGCAACCGUCCCCCGUCUGAAGGCGAGAACGAAGACAUCCCACCGCACAUGAUGAACUCAUUCAUGUCAACGACUUCCUCUAGAAGGGACAACCAAGACAGCGAGCACGCUCACGCGCUCGGCGGUACCUACGAUGCAGCAGCGUCUUCAGAAGACGAGGAGGAAGACCUUCAGAAUCCCGAGAUUGAGACAAUGGUCACACUCGUUGGCAAUGUCAAAGACAGGCCAGUUUUCAUCGUGGACGAUAUGAUGGACAAGUCAGCAUCCUGGAUCGCCGCAGCCGAGACUGUUGUCAAGCGUGGUGGCGCUACAAAAGUGUACUGCAUGGCUACACACGGUCUGUUUGGUGGGGACUGUCUUGAGGAGAUGAACAAUUGCGAGUGCAUCGAGAAGAUCAUCAUUACGAACGCGUUUCCGAUUCCGGAGCACAAGAGGGACCAGGCUGGUGACAAGCUGAUCAUCUUGAACGUCGACAACUUGCUUGCCGAGUCGAUUCGAAGGAACCAUCACGGCGAGAGCAUGUCGCAGCUGUUCAUGCACUACGACUAGACGUUGAAAAACAACUCAAGGUAACAAAGAUACGAACAAAAGGCACGGCGAACCGGCAUAUAUGGAUUGAUACUUUCAUUACGGUGCGGCGUUGGGCGAGGGUCUGGCGGCAGUAGAGGAGCAGUGAGAAAGCACAAGGUUGUGCAACGACUGACGACCGAAAAGAGCCUUUCCAUGGGCAAACGUAAGUGCAAUGGAAGGACACACUGCCACGUACGAACAAUGAUACCAAUGAUGUACCCUUCUUGAUGCUUGCUGUUU